GCCAGCAGCCCGCCUGCCGAGAGAAGUGGGAUACAGCAGUUGCCGCCACCCACCCGACCCGCUGCCUGUUUCUUGGCUCAUCCUCGCCUUCUUGUUGGCUGUGUACGUCGAGUCCUCUUCCGAACAGGCAAGCAUCGCUUCUCCUACUGCUUCUUCUUCUUCUUGUCACACAUCCAUUGCAUCUCGCACGCACGCUCGACGUUGCCCGGCCCCGCGUUUGACUCUGCCCCAACCGACAAACAAACAACUUGCCACCCAUUAGCCCCCUAGUCGUAGUAGUCUGAAUUUUGGCCCCCACCUAACACAUAUCCCCCCACGGCACCGCGCCACGGCACUUCGACCAGCCCCCGUUAAGCGAACCCAACAGCGACGCGCUCACUACUACUACAUCUUGCUCCAUCUCACUCCCAACUCCAACUCUCCUUUGACAACAACAACACCUCCCUCCCUCCCUCUCUCUCUGUCCAUCCCUCUCCAACCCCCCUACACCCCCCUACCCCCCCUCCGACACCAUGUCGUACUUCACCCUCUCCUCAACAGAAUACGACCUCCCACACCCAACCCUCUCCCGAAACCAGCCCAGGUUCUACAUUCCAGACCGGUCCGCAUACUCUCCCGGCGGAUCAACAGCUGGCCACGCACCGGGGGAGACGUUGUCAAUGCACUCGCGCCACCAGUCGCGCACCGUCUCGUCGCCGGGCCAGUCGGGCCGCAGCACACCGUACCAGGGCUCGUUCUCGUCGCUCGCCGCGCUCCGCCACGCGCUGCACGCAUACCACAACCACCACGCCGCGACUGCCGAGCCAUUGACGCCACCAAAGCAAAUAUCCCACUUCCACCACCACCGGGCCCCAGUGGCGUCGGCGCCGGGCGGCGGCGGCGGCGGCGCUUCGGCAGACUACCCUGCCGAGAGCGAAGAGUCGUCGGAAUGGGCCAUGGAGCCCUGGGUCGGCGCCGCACACGAGCCGAUGGAGGCUCUCAUCGACAUUCACCGCGUCCUGUACCGCGGGUGCGAGGACCCGGCGGCCGAGGACUCGCCCGAGUGGUCCGAGCAGGGCAAGGAGGUUAGGCGGGUGGUCGAGCAGUGGUUCGAGGACGAUUGCGUGUACGACCACCCGCUUGUCCGGCUGUCCAACCGCCAGUCUGUGCUCACGCACUUUGCGCUCCUGCAACUGCUUUCGCGUGUCUACCUGCCGUCCAUUACGCCGUCGUCGAUUCUGUUGCACGCUCGUGGCCUGACCUCGCGCGUUCGUGGCGCGCUACUUGGAUCGGACGAAGUUGCCACUGCCGAGGUGACGGAGACGAAGCGAGUCGUCGACCCACUCGACGAGUGGCUGGAAUCAAGCGGAGGCCCUAGUGUCGAAGGCGCCCUUGUUCAGCGUGACUCGCGCGGCAACGGAUGGUGGAAGCUGUGGGAUGUCUCGGCGGAAUGCCGGGAUAUCGGUUGCAUGGAGUGUUACGAGGGCUACCAUGUUGCGUUGAUUGACCAUGUUGUCUCACUCACCCUCUUCCCUUCGAUUGUUCGCAAGCCAACACAGUCCCUUACUCCUUCGGUUUCUGCAGAGUCCCUGUCCUCGAUGGACCCUCCACCACGCUCGUUCCUCAAGUCGCUCGGCGCGUCGAUUGUGCGCGAGUUUGACUACUUGCUUCACUGGGACCUCCCCAUCUCUACGAUUGUCGAGUUCAACGAAGUCGGCAAGGCGACGCACGUCCGCGACGUUGUGGACGUUCGCGAUGUUGUCGACACGUUUGUGCCGUUUGCCAAGCGCUUCAACUGGAUCUCAAGGCGGAUCACUGGUGUCGUGUCGUCGACGGUCGGCUCUGUUGUCAUGACCUUGUUGCCAGGCCACUCGGUUGUUGUCGGCGAGCCGAUCCGCAUCCUCGCCGCUCCUGUGGCCAACCCCGGCGCCGACGGCGAGCCGGUUGUGGCUGGCAAGGGCAAGGGCCGCGAGACGCCAGAACAGAUGCAGGCUCGUCUCGGCUCGGCCCUCGGCCUCGACUCGUCGCCCGACUACAAUGGGUUUCUCGGUCGUCACCCGCCAGUAAACUCGCUUGGACUGGAGGGUGUGGUCGGCGGCGGCGGCGAGGCGAGUAUGGCGCCGGAUGUCGAUGAGGAGUAGUGUGGCCGCCCGCGGUUGAUAAUACCAAGAUCCCGCGCCGAAUACCUAGUGGCUGCCUCGACAGCCCACCCGUUGUCACUACUAGACCGCAUACGCACUGCAUACAUGGCGUGCGAGUUGUACAUGAGAUGCUUGUAUAUGUAUGGUGUGUUCAUG